AUGGAACAAAAAGUCGCCUUCCCGCUUCUUUCUAGAAAUAAACGUCCAUCUAGCAGCGUUAAUGAAGGGGAAGAGUUUCCAGAUUUUCCGAGUACAUGGGAUAUUCAUGAAAGAAAACCCUCCCCACCUACUUCCACAUCAACCGUGUUUUCAAUUCCCCCUUCUGAUUAUGAUCAGUUGAAAAAUAUUUCUCGCAUGAUUGAUGAAAAUAUUCUGCGAGAUGCAUCUAUUUUUGAUUAUUUUCAAGGAUUUCAAGGGCGUAAUUCAAAGGAUUAUAAAAUACCCAUUGACGACGAGGAGGCUCUCUUUGUAAAAAAGAAAUUUGUGCCAAUUCCGGAGAUUAUUUUCCGUCAAUUUGAAAAGCAAAUGUUUUAUGGGGAUUUUUCCGCAAAUAAGCAGCAUUUGGAUCACGGUAGACCAUCGUUUGUUUAUCUGGGAUUUUGA